AUGAUCCGCGCCGACGCCUACACACCCGACGUCUGGGAAGCAAUCUGCACUCCAAUGCACGAAAUCCUCCCCGCCUCUCCCAAACAUGGUUCUGGCGCACUAUUCCUCGGUUCGUGGACUGCAGCUGUCGAUACAGACUUACUUGCUCGGCAUGGUGUGAGGGCGAUUGUGGAGUGUCAUGAUGCUCCUUGGGGUAUAUGCGAAUCGACCUCCUCAGCGAAUGGGAGUGGUGUAGCCAUACCCGAUAGCCCUACGCCUGGCUUACUCGAACCUCACCUCGACGGAGCUGUCCGAUUCAUUCGUGAUAGGUUGAGUAGGGGCGAGAACGUCCUCGUGCAUUGUCAGCAGGGCAUAUCCCGCUCCCCGGCGAUCGUCUGCGCCUUCCUUAUGCGCGAACGUGCUCUCUCCUACGACGCUGCACUACAAAUCGUACGUUCUAGACGGAAAUGUAUCAAGCCGAAUGUAGGGUUUGAGAAUACGCUUCGGAGUUGGAAGUAAUCCUUUCUGAGAGAUACUACGUGUUGAAGGAUUGUUGGACUGGGAUUGGAUACACGGAUCUUCUUGAAGUGGACGGGAUUGUUGGUUGGAUUUUUAACUUUCGUUUUCUAAAUGGGAAUUUUGAGGGAUAUUGGGAUUCAGGACGACAGAAAGUAGAAGAACACAUUUAUACACGACUCUUUCCUCUUCCCUCUCUGCGCUGGUGUACUUUUUUAAGGAUUGCACAGAUCUAUCAUCUAUCAUGUAUUUUUCUCUGUAUUAUCACGGAUUUGGUUUGUAUACUGCUGCUCAAAAGCUUCUUUUCUCUGGGCAUCACAGUAAAUAUAU